AAUCUGGCACAGAGAGGGAGGGGAGAGAGAGAGAGAGAGAGAGAGAGAGAGAGAGAGAGGAGGUUUAUAGCAGCAGCAGAGCAGCGAAGAAGAACGAGGGAGACAAAAAAGAGCAUAUAACUGUUUAUUUUAUUUUCAUUUUAUUUCAUUGUGAAAUUUAUUUGUAAACCUGCUUAAAAUGCCUCGAGGAAAAGAUGUAAUCUGGAGCUGAAAUAGAUACAGGUGGGUAAAAGGACAGGAGUGUGCGUGUGUGUGAGUCUGACUUAUGCUACCUUCAGGGACACAUUUCAGACCAAAGACCCGUUAGUUUGUUCAUUUGCUUGUCUGAUUGGGGAAAAAAGCUAUGUCGCCAGGGUUAGUGUCAGGCUUAGGGUCAGGGUUAGGCAAGUGCUGGUUAGGCUUAGGUCAGGGGACUACAAAUACCUAAAAGCAUUUGGAAGACUCUGGCUCUGGUUAACUACUCAAUGUCAGCACAGCAGGCUACCGUAUGGACAGGAUCCAGGGAGAAGUGUACAAACUAAAAAAGGGGACAAGUAAAUUAGGGUCUGCAGGGAUGGCAGAUGUCAGCUGGGCCAGUGCGCGUUGGGGCAGAAGAGGAGUUGGCAUGCUGCCGCUCUUUUGGAUUUUCAUAGAACUCCCUCCAUCCCUUCUGCAGCCUUUACUCCCCCUCUCCCUGCCAGUCCACAUGUCAGUCCUCCCUCCUCCAUGGCAGUUCCUCCCUUUGUCCCAGGCAGAGCUGGGCCCUCUUUUCUCCAACUCCAGCCCCUUCUCCUUCUCCCAGAGUCUGUUCAUGGCGUCCCCACCUGGCCGGGCCCCCAGACCAGGCCUCCAGGCCUCAUUUGGCCCUUACUCAGUAACGCAGCUCAUAUCAGAGCCUGUCCUCCCUCUCUCUCCCCCUCUGUCCGUCUCCGUCCUUUCCGAGCAUGUGGAGAGAGAGAGGGAUGAGGGAGGGCAGGAGAAGUUCAACGUGAGGACGCUGUUCCACAAGUGGGGUGACACGAGCACCCGAGGGACCUGCAUCACCCUGCAUGCCUUCAAGGAGACAGAAGAGCACAAGGCCUUCUGUGUCACACAGCCUCCUCUAGGGCUGUGUGUGGUAACUCUGACACUGCCCAGUGAAUGGUUCAAGGAACAACAUGCCAACCAGUCACAUCAGGAUGUGGACAAGUGGUACAUUCACUCUCGUCGCCGGGUGCAGAAGCGGCAAUGGCCACAGGGUGGACAUCAUCCCAGUAACUCUGUCAAGCGUCAUCACGCAACUUCUCCUUCCCUGGGAUACUAUUCAGAUGUUGGUGGGGACACCCAGGGGGAUGUUCCACAGGCCCUUAGAUACCAACGUGGCCCCACGAGAAACCAAAUACAGCUUUACUACUCCUCCAUUGACACCGUGGACAACCGAGGACUGACGCCACAAGGAUGUGUAGAGGACAGAGAGGCUCAGUCCCAGAGACAGCUUUUCCACAUCAAAGCAGUGACACUGAAGGAGGAGGAAGAGAAAGAAAGAGAGGAGAGCAGGAUCAAACAAGAAGGAACCUGUUUGAAUGGGCAGGAAGAGGAGGAGCUUAGCUUGGACUCCAAUGUGGUGAUUCGCUAUCACAGGGGCCCGGUCCUGAUAGGACAGCCACUCAGGGUGUCUGUGAAUCUGAGAGCCAACUUUAGCUCUGACUUUGUCAUCAUAAGGCUGAAGGUGAAGAAGGGCUUGGUGUCGAUGGUGGCUCAGAGAACUCUGACCUCUGACCUGUGGACUGUGACCCUGGAGAAAAGCCAAGGCUCCAAACACGACGUGGUGUCUAUCCUCUGCCACAAACACAGCACACCCAAGCACACACACAACCCCACUCUCCUCCAGCAGGUGGUGUGUCUGUCAGUCGAUGGCCUGAGGCAGAGCUUUGGUGUUGCAAUGGCGGUGCCUGCUAACUGGUGGGUGGAGUACUCCGGGCAUAGUAAACCCCUAUCGCCACGCAGGGAAGCAAUGAGCAUCUUCUCAUUCGCUGAUCGACACAUCUUUGGAAUCGCUCCCAUAACAGAGAGUAACACGAUCAUCAACACAGCCAUACUGACAAACCAGCCGGUGUCACUUCCUGUCAUCGUGCUGGCCAUAAGUCGUGAUGGGAAGGUGUCGGAUGUCACCUCUGCAGUCACGUGUCACUCCACCAAUGAAAACACUAUCAAGGUGUCCAGCGAUUGCUCCACCCUCUUCGUGGAUGGCAGCGAAUCGGGAUUGGGUAAUACCUGUGCAGUGGUGGAGUUUCUUCUGGGCGCGCUCCAUGGCUCUGUAUGUCUGGAGGUGUGGGCUCCUUCAGUGCCCCUGCGGGUUUCCUUGGCAGACCCUGUUCUAAAUGCCAUUGAUGGGUGGAACCACUUCACAGAGAAAGGGUGUGUGCCAGUGUAUCAGCGCUCCUCAAUCCAGGUCCUGACUCAGUUCACAGCUCAGGACUCCCGCAGCAGACCCACAUACCUCCUGGGCUCAUCUGAUUGGUUUGUGGAUGUUACCGAGCUGGUCAUUAAGUUAAUGAGAAUAGAAGACCCUCGAGUGGCUUCCCUCGGCACCCAGAACAACCUGAUUGGUUUACGACCAGGAAAGACAUCACUCCAUAUCAUCUCUGAGCAGUGGGAUGGUGUGCUGGGCAGAUGUGACAUCACUGUGACCUCCGACCCCGUCACCCCCGGGGAUCUGUCUGUACAGCUGGUCAGCGGACUUGGCAUGUCAGUGGCGGCAAGCCCCGCCCACCCUUCCAUCAUCACAACAACAGUGACAGCCUACAACAUCCUGUACAACCAUCACCAGGAGGCGUCCAUUAGCGUCUGGCUCCAGUUCAGUGACGACACAGCCUCCCUCCUUUCCUCCUUCAGCGACCUUCCCUUUUUCCUGCGUCUCUCCUCAUUGGCUGAGACCGUGGUUGUGGUGACGCCUGGUCCCAGCCAACGCAUCUUUGCAAAGGGCGAUGGAGGCGGGCCCUUACUUCGUGCAGAACUUUUGGUUUCGAUCUGUGCUGACCAACCAAUCACCUCCAACUCUAUCAGUGAAGGAGACGGGGAUUGGGUGGACAACGGAGGAGGAGGAAGUGGGACUAGGAGGCUGGCGAGAGGAUCUGGUUGGAUAAGAGUCAACCUAGACCUGGGCUUCCUGCAGCCAGUUGGGGACACGAAUGAGGAGGGUGAGGUGUUUGAGUUUGACAUUUCAGACACACUGGUGGAGUCCGAGAGCGAUAUCUAUGUGUCGAACUUUGACGAGGACGAAAGUGGGAAUGUAAGCAGUGACUACUACAACAAAAUGAGUGGGAAGAUGACUAACAGGAACUGGAACGAGAUGGGGAAUGGAGGAAUGGUCAGUCGGAACAAUCUGGAAAGAGCUGUGCUGAUGCCUAGCCAGGAGGAGGGCGCUGUGUACUUCUCCCCGAGCCAGGAGAAAGGAAGAGAGAGGAAGUUGGAGGAGGAGGAAGGGCAGGGAGCUCGAGAGCUGGAGGUUGGCGUGGGCGCUGUCCUCUCUCUGCUCUGCCUCUCUGCUGUCCUCUUCCUGGCAAACUGUCUGCCCUGCGCCCUGCGAGACAGGAAGAGGGCUACGAAAGACGAGGAGAGGGAAGGAGAACUAGAGCGAGGCGCAAAGGAAGAAGAGGAGGAGGAGAGGAAGAAGACAGAGGUAGAGGACAGGGGGGCAGAAGAGAGGAAGAAGGCAGAAGACAAUAUAAAGCAGCAGCAGGAGGAGAACAAUGAAGUUAAAGAAGUAGAGAUCAUUUGCUGAUAUAUGUGCAGGCCGAGCUUAGUGUCAGCACAAUCUGUCCUCACUUUGAUAGAAUGAUCACAAGGAACACGAAGCAGUCAUUGUUGCAUUAUAACAGUGAGCUAGUUUUAAUAGUCUUUAUUCAGUCCAUCUAUCCAGUCUUUAUUCAAUCCGUUUAUCCAGUUUUUAUUCAGUCCAUUUAUCCCGUCUUUAUUCAGUCCAUCCAGGUAGUGUGUUUUGGUCCAUGUAUUAUCCGUGGUUAGUUACACACAUCAAUGGAAUUUAUUGAUAUUUAAUUGGUUCUGUUGAACAAAUCGGAACUUAGAGGAGUAUGUUUUCAGAUAAUUGAUAUUCAGCCUCACUGACACAUAUAAAACUGAUAAAUCAUACUUUGUAAAAUCUUCACAGCCCCUAUGAGGGCAGCCAGCGUACCAUACAGUGUAAAUAUGUUAAAUAAUUACUUAGUAGUUUAGAGUUAAACUAUAUGUUUAACUCUAAACUUGAAUGUUUUAUUUUCAGAAUAUGUUAUAUGUCACACACAGUUUUUCACACCUUUUUUCAAAACAUUUAACACAGAUGUUGUGUUGUGUUUAACCGCGUUGAACAAAAAGAAAACAUCUAUUGACAGCUGAUAGAAAUGACUUGUUAUGAAUCACUAAUGCAUCUGUUUGAAACUUCUUUGCACAACUCUUCAAUCAGCAGUCAGUCCUUGUCUAUGGUGGCCGACAAGGGCAAACGCGCCGCAAAUGGCAAAACGCUGCAAACAUGGGAAUGAUGCAAAACCAAAAACACACAAACACAUAAAACAAAUGCAACAGAAAAACACAGCAACAGAAACACCAGACCCGAAAGACAUGAAGAAGAAGUUAUUAUAAUAUUAUUCUAUAAUAUUAUAUUAUUAUAAACAUAUAAUACAAUUAUAAUAAUAUAAUAAAAUAUUAUAAUUAUAAUAUUAUAAAAGAUUACGGCCAAGUGUUUAAAAAAGACAUAAAGGAAAACGUACCUUUUUACUCUCCUCUCCAAAACUUAGCCAACUUUCUUCUUCUUCUUCUUCUUUUUCUUCCUCUUCUUCUUCUUCUUCUUCUUCUUCUUCUUCUUCUUCUUCUUCUUCUUCAUGUCUUUCGGGUCUGGUCCCACAAGACUGGUCCAUCCCUCAGGUCGGGUCCCCCUGGUGGCCUGGCGCACUUCCGUUUUGAGGAGUGAAUUUGCAGUGUUUCUCUUUUGCAGUUGUUUUGGGGUUUUGUGUGUUUUUGGUAUUUGCAGCAUUUUUCUUUGGCAUUUGUUUUCUGGGUUUCUAAGUUUUAGCUUCUGCUUCGUUUCUGUGAUUGCAGCAUUUUUCUGUUGCAUUUGUUUUAUGUGUUUGUGUGGUUUUGGUUUUGCAUCAUUCCCGUGUUUGCAGCGUUGUUCCAUUUGCGGCGCGUUUGCCCUUGUCGGCCACCGUACUUAUCCAUUGAUAAAAGCUGCCACCUCUGUGUUGCUGUUUGCAAGCAUGGAUUGAAGAGGUCAAAGACACCUGAGGGGAGAGGCCAUGAAGGUAGGGCCUGAGGAAGAGGAGUUUGCAGUCACUCACAGACUAUUUAUAGGGCGGGCCAUGCUGUUAUGUUUCAGUCAAAAAGAAUGACGUGAAAAAAACUGAUACAGUACAAUAAAACUGUUUGUUUCUGAGUA